UGGCUGGUGCAAGCAUUCGGCACUCGCUCUCAUCAGUCGCUCCGACUCAGGAACCAGAGCAUCAGCGGAGAUAGCAAGGAACCGAUCGCCUCCUUAAGGCUAACUCGCUUUCGGCUUUGGUUCGGAAUGGAAACUUCUGCCUUUACGCGGAGCCGACGAAGCUCCAUGGCGCACGACUUUAAAAGUGGUCUCUCGCUCUGGCUGGUGGUCUGGUUGGUUGUGGUUAAGCCUGCACCUGUGCAGAGCUGCCCGCACCUGUGCGUGUGUUACCCUUCUCCCAUGACCGUAAGCUGCCAGGCGCAGAACUUCACUUUUGUGCCGUCCGGUGUCCCCUACGAGUCACAGCGCGUCUUUCUGCAAAACAAUCGCAUCACAGAGCUGAGAGUGGGCUCCUUUGGCUUUGGGACUCAGGUACUUUGGCUCUUCUCUAACAACAUCACCUGGAUUGAGGCUGGUGCUUUCAGUGAGCUGCGUGAUCUGGAGGAGCUGGAUUUGGGUGAUAACCCUCAUCUGCGUCGCCUGGAGGGUGGAGCUUUUCGUGGUCUGGAGAAGCUGCAGAGCCUCCACAUGCACCGCUGUCGUCUGGCUGCGCUCCCCCAUGACAUCUUUUACAAGCUUUACAGCUUGCAGUACCUGUAUCUGCAAGAGAACCAGCUCCACUUCCUCCAGGAUGACCUGUUUGCCGAUCUUAUCAACCUCAGCCAGCUCUACCUGCAUGGCAACCGUAUCCGUACACUGUCUGAGAAUGUGUUCCAUGGCCUGGUCAACCUGGACCGCCUGCUGCUGCAUGACAAUCGCAUCCGACAGGUCAAUCGCCGCGCCUUUCGUGACCUGGGCCGCCUUACUAUGCUCUUCCUUUUCAACAACUCAUUGGCUGAGCUGCCUGGCCAAGCGAUGCGUGAUGUGGAGUCCAUCGAGUUCCUGCGGCUCAACAACAACCCCUGGACCUGUGGCUGUGAAGCACGUCCACUCUGGGAGUUCUUCAGGUCCAACCGGGUCUCCAGUUCUGAGCUGCUCUGUGCUUCUCCUGCUCCCCGCCGUGGCCUGGACCUUCGCUUCCUGCGUGAGAUGGACUUUGCCCUGUGCCCCCUCCCAGACCCUGGUUCCUUAGCUGGAACCACCACCACUACCUUCAGCACCAAGACCCGCUGGUGGUUCUCCAAGCACAAGCCUGUCAGCUCCACCAAGGGCAUUUUUGAGAAGAGCUCAGAAACCGUGAAAGCUCAUCCCUAUUCUGGUGGCAAACCCUCAAUCACAUCCUCAUCCACGAAGUAUGAGCUGGGCGAGGAAGAGGCGCUGCUUCCUAAGUUGGAAAAGGAAGAGUAUUGGGCCAACUAUGGAAACGAGGAUGCAGGUAUCACCUCGCUGCGCUGCUUCGAAUUGGAAUGCCCUGACUUUGACAGCCUUCCCCCCUUCUCUUCUUCAUAUUCGUCUUUACCUUCCACUCUCCUGCUAGUUUCAAUGUCCAUCUUGACUGUAUCUAUCCACCUCCUCUUUGGCUGAAUUUUGGUAUUUUAUUAAGGGAUCUUGAUCCCCCAUUUCUUCUUCCCCAUUCUGGAGGAAUGAAGACCCCAUUUACUCAACCUUACUCUCACAUACCCGGUUCCUGUUUAACUUCUACCGUAACUGUAUCUCUGUUCUGUUCAGUUUGAGCCUCUAGGUUAUCCAGACAACUAGAGGGCACUACACUGAUUUAGGAUACAGUAGGGGAAGCAGGGAAUUCAGGGCAGGUACUGCAGUGCAGGCCAUUAACACAAUGGAAGGGAAUGAUUGCUACUACCAGAGGGCUAGUUUAGUCAACAGGUACACUGUCCUCAUUCCUUGUGGAAUUUUCAUACAUAUAUAUACAUAUAUAUAUAUAUCACAGUCUGUAUGGACUGGGGAUAUAUGGUUCCAUAGUAGGUUUAUGUACAACAUUUGUAUACUUCUGCCUUUUUUGGCUGCUAUUAGUGCUAUUUUGGCUAUUGUAAAUGCUGCUUGUGAUGGUCCAAUGACUAUAACUGUCUUUAUAACUGCAGCUAAUACUGUUACUCAAAGUGUUACAGUUUCAGUGCUACAAUUGGCACUGCUUAUAGUAAUGUUAGGUAGACAUGUUUUCUAACAAUAUACUGGUUUUAUCAGUUCUUCAGAUUACAUUACAAUUUUAACGAACUGUCCAAUUUUAUUCAUUAAACCAUUAGAACAGAUUAGAUCAGAGGAUAUCAUAAGAUUCAAGGCAAGCCAAGUGAUGGAGUAUGAAAGUGCAAGAGGUGUUAAAAGUGAUAAGGAAAAGGUCUGUGAAAAUAAUUGAUGAAUGAAAGAGAUGUCUGAAAUACAGAAAGAAACAAGCAGAAAGAGCAAGAGACAGGGAGCCAUGCAGGGAAAGAAAAAGAGAGAGAAAGAACAAGACAACAUUCAUAAGACAGGGAAAUGCAGGAACCAUGACUUUUGUCUAUUUAUUUGUCUUCUAAUAGCAAUUAAGUCAUCAGUAACAUCCUGUAAAUUUAUCAUUUUCAUCAACAGGAAAGCUGUACAUAGAGCAAAACAUGUCUUGAAUGUUUACUGAUCUGUCUGUUUAUAUUUACUGAUCUCUGAUCUCAGAAUGUCAGGAAUAUCGUUUUUUUUUUUUGUUGUCAGCGAUUAGUAAGAUCAACCUGUCAGCAAGAAUCAGUGUGAAUGAAUUUGUUUCAUGUCUUUUAUGUGAAAGUUUGUCAUGGACAUUUUUUCACUUUUUCUUUCCUUUUUUCAAAUAUAAACAAAUUUGUCUAAUAA